AUGGUUUCCGGUGAUGAUUUCAAUGGUGGCCGUUUACCGCGUAAAACAGCUAGAUCCCCAAAUCGAAAAUCAAAGAAAACAGACGCAGAUGUAGCAAAAGCUUCAGCGUUGCGAAAUGAUUCGCAACCUUCUGUGCACAAAAGAAAUCUACAUGUGGUUUCCCUGCCUGUUAUUCUUCUUUUCAACCUGCUGCGGUCAAUAUUGUAUCAGUUAUUUAUAAUUUUCAAAUACUUGUACUCAGCGUCCCAUCGCUUCAUUCAUAGGCCUCGUAAAACCGGUGAAUGUAAUCUUGAAGUGGUUGUUAAAGACGGUGUAGUGUCAACAGAGAUUGCCCACAGUGAAGAGAUGCCAUACACAAAUAAUGUGGGUCCUGGUGACCCACUUCUUGCCAAACAGAAACAUCAUCAUCGCAAAGCUUUUGAAUACAUAUCAAAAGCUUUGAAGAUUGAUGAGGAAAACGAAGGUCAGAAAGAACUAGCAAUAGAGUUAUAUAAAAAAGGAAUCUAUGAAUUGGAGAGAGGCAUCGCUGUGGACUGCUGGGGUGGGCGUGGAGAUGCAUGGCAAAGAGCCCAGAGGCUCCAUGACAAAAUGAAAACCAAUCUAGGCAUGGCUAAGGACAGAUUACACUUCCUCGCCAACCUUGUGGCCCUCAGUAAAUUGGGGGUUGAGGGUGAAACCGAGAGGAGUGACAGAAAGCCUAAGGAGUCGCCAUUAAAGGCGAGAAGGCCAUUAGAGAAGUCCAAGACGACACUGCUAGCGCAUACAGAAAGUAACAGUGGUCAAACGAAGCCACCGACCGAAGUUGCUGGUCGCAAGCUGACAACCGCUAGUAGGAGACCGCAGAGUGGAAUGGGCGGGCCCCUGAUGAAGUCACAAACGCUCCCACGUUCCAUGGGCCGGUCGUCGUCGCAACCUAACAGUUCCAAUGGAGGGUAUUCCAGAUAUCCCAUGAAGCCAGCGUCUACUCCACCAGCUGUUAAACGGCAGCUCUCUGGCGCGUAUCAGGUACCAGCGAACGGGUCGCCAGUAAGAAGAGCAGUGGGCGGCGGCUCCCAGCGGGGCACGCCCACCAGAAGCAGAACUCCGCAGUCAACGCUGUCGAUACGAGGCGUAGAUCCGAAGCUGGUUCAGCUUAUCCUGGACGAAAUCGUUGAGGGUGGUCCUAAGGUGCACUGGGAAGACAUAGCGGGGCAGGAUGCAGCGAAACAGGCUUUGCAAGAAAUGGUGGUUCUGCCAUCCUUGAGACCUGAACUCUUCACGGGACUUCGGUCACCAGCGAAAGGACUGCUUUUGUUUGGUCCACCUGGAAACGGUAAGACGUUAUUAGCGCGGUGCGUCGCGGCAGAAUGUUCUGCUACGUUCUUUUCCAUAUCAGCUGCUACGCUUACUAGUAAAUAUGUUGGAGACGGAGAGAAGAUGGUUCGAGCUCUGUUUCAAGUAGCCAGGGAGUUACAGCCAUCAAUAAUAUUCGUGGACGAAGUGGACUCUCUGCUCUGCGAGCGUUCGACUGGUGAGCACGAAGCCUCAAGGCGGCUCAAGACCGAGUUUCUGGUAGAAUUUGAUGGCCUACCAGCUGCUGGAGCUGAUAGACUGAUCGUUAUGGCUGCUACAAACCGACCACAGGAGUUGGAUGAAGCGGCUUUAAGACGGUUCCCCAAACGCGUUUACGUGACGUUACCAGAUGCACGUACACGUGGCGCUCUCUUGCGUCGCGUCUUAUCGCGAGGGUCUGCUGCGUCCUCCAUAAGUGAUGAUGAGCUCUCUCGGCUCGCAGCUCUGACUGACGGCUAUUCGGGAAGUGACCUUACCGCACUUUGUAGAGAUGCCGCCCUUGGGCCCAUCAGAGAAUUAGACCCUGAAGAAGUAAAAUGCCUUGACCUUUCGCUGCUUAGUAGCGUACGAGAAGUGGUCCGUGCAAUAUGGCGAACUUGGCGUUUGAGCUGUUGUUAUUGUUAUACAGGUAUUGACUUAUACAAGAAUGGUGAGUCUAUUUUAGGAGGCUAUGAAGGAGAAGAUGAGAUGUACGGCAUUAUUUGA